UAUGAGAAGCAAGCCAUAGGCUCCAGCACCUGUAAGUUAAAAAUAAUAACCUUAAAAAUAAGGAAAUGUACGUAAACCACAGGAAAGGUAAUUUAUGAUAUUUGAAAUGUGAAGACCUGGAUUGACUGAUGACGAGAUUGAUGAAAUAAGAGAAGCAUUUAAUUUAUUUGAUACAGAAGGCACAGGAAGAGUAGAUCCUAGAGAAUUAAAAGCAGCUAUGUAAAGUUUAGGAUUUGAUUAAAAAAACCCAACUAUUUUCAAUAUGAUUGCUGAAUUAGAGAAUGAAGGGUAUUUAGUAUAAUUUUAGAAAUAGAACUGAUAUUGAUUUUGACUAAUUUUUGGAUGCCAUCACAUCAAAAUUAGGAAAUAGAGAAAGUAAAGAUGGAAUAAAUAAAAUAUUUGAUUUAUUUGAUGAUGAUGGUAGUAAUUCCAUUAAUUUAAAUAACUUGAAAAGAGUAUUAUUUAUAGAUUGAAAUUGUAUUAGGUUUCUAAAGAAUUGGGAGAGACAAUGACAGCAGAAGAGUUAGCAGAGAUGUUAGAAAGAGCAGCAUCAAAUGGAAGAGAAAUCUCAAGAGAAGAUUUCUAUAAUAUCAUGGUUAAAAGAACAUUUUGAUA